CAUCCGGCGCAGGAGCAGCAGCAGCAGCAGAGAGAAGAAGAUCAGGCGGUGGCGGCGGGCAGACAGGCAAGGAGGCCGGGAUAACGAACCUGGGCGCCGUGUCGAAUGCCCUCCCGAGUAUCUGGCUUGCGUGGUAUCACGACCUGCGCAGGGGCCAGCUCACUGUGCAGAGAGUACAUUUGCCCCCAUUGCACGACAGCGCGUAUUCGUCGUCGUCGCCAACUCCGGCGGCGGCAGCAGCAGGAGGAGGAGGAUGCGGAGAAGGAGGAGGAGGAGGCGACGGGAUGCUAUCCCCGUCCUCGCCGGAGUGGCGCGUCCACGUCCGUGCUCUGGCGCGGCUGCUGCUCGACGCGGUGGACGAGGCGCUGACCUGGGGCUAGCCAAAGUCGUGCUGUGGGAGCCGUGUCCGCGGACGAGGGACGCUUUGGAGUGGCUGAGCAGGGAUAUGGGGAUCAAGGUCGAGGUUGGGCCGCGUGGUGGGGCGAGUUCUCAGAAGGGAGCAGGAGAUGCGACGACAGGGAGUGUGACGAGCGUGAGGUGGAAGGGUGGAGGGAAUGGGGAGGGAGUGGUGCUUCAGGUGAACGAGUACUAUGCUUGGAGUGGUUGAGCGUCGGUUUUAGGUUUUGGAGGACGUCGUAUUUUAAAUAGACCUCCACAGUACACGAAUUGUUAGACAGCCACUGUUUGGCUCAAGG